AUGGAAACACCUCCUGCAGCCAAAUGGGAUGGAAAUGCAAAACAUGCUACAUUCAAUCCUCCUACAAGUGUCACGGAAGUGCUUAAACUGUGUGAGGCAGACCCAGCUGAACUUCUAAUAGAUCUGGGAUUUGGCAUUGAUGAACCAGACAUCUGUACGAAAAUUCCCACCCGCUUUAUCAUGGCACCUUCUGCAGCAAAAGGAAUUAACACCCGUGUCUUCUUAGAUGCCCAAAAACGAAGGAUGGAGAUUGAACACCCUAAUUUAUGUGGUCGAUUCCGUCAGCUGGAAGUUCUAGAGCAAGUAACAAGCGCAUUUUCAUCUUUGCUGAAAGAUGUUCACUUCAUUCAAAACGGUGAAAAUAAGAAUGUUAAAAAAUCUACACUAACUCAGGAAAAACGAAAGCGGAUACGACAGCUUCUUUGGAAAUUUUCCAGACAAGUGAAAAUAGUUGAUGAGAAUCCAGGCCCUUGUGUGGAUAGUGAUGAACUAACUGAGAACCAAGACCAACGUGAGCCAUUAAAAGAUACAGCAAAUGUAAACAUUUUCAGAAAGAGAAGGCACAGUACAGAUCAGGGAAAUGCAGAGGUUUUAUCAAAAGAACAACUUCCAACCACAGACAAUGCAAAUGUCAGUCCCUCAAGGCCUGAAGCCCAGCUAUGUUCACUGUCUGCACCUGUAAAACAAUACAGCCUUCCUGAAAUGUCUGCCAAAAUCAGAACAUUAAGAGGCUCUAAAGUCCUUUCUAAAACAUUCAGACAAGCAUCUACCCAAAACAGACUCCAACCACCAGAUUCAUUUGAAAUGGAAGAGGUGCAGAGUUUUGAAGAGGACUACCCCAAGGCACUUAUUCAGGACAGAAUUUCAGAUCUGACAAGAACAAGCAGUUGUCAGUCUGACAGCAGUGGUUUUCAAGAUGAUCCACUAGAACCUUUACCUUUAAAGAAUCUGCAUGGAAGUUCAGACAGCAUAGAUAGCCAGGUGACUCUACGCGAGAAAAGUAAUUCUUCUGACUUUCCAGAUAUCAGUGAAGAACAUGAUGUUCAUGACUUUACUGAGGAUGCUACAAUAACUUCUACAAGCUGCAGCAUUCAGACAGGCAAAGAUGCAUACAAAUCAUUAUCAAUGCACACUGAAAAUAGUGAUGACAUAUUUCAGAGUUUUGAAAGCCACAAUGACCAUGCUGACAAUAUGAAGGAAAUGGACAAGCAGAGAUCAAUAGCAGAAGAUAGCGAGAAUGAAAUAGAGGAAAUUACUAAUGGUGUAAAUUAUAUGGAUGGUGAACCAGAGGACCACAUGGAUCAAAGACAAACACUAACCCCGGUGUCCUCUGAAGUGGAAUACCCAGUUUAUGUCACACAUUACUUAAGUGACAUCAGGAAAAUUCAUACUGAAUUCUACAGUGAGACAAAUGAUGACCAAGACUAUUUUGGGGGACAUGUAAGUCAUCUUCAAGUUAAAAGUGAUAGUGAGAGUAAUUCAUUUGCAGAUGAUGAGUGUUCAGUGGUAUCAUCAAGUGCAAAAUGGACAUCCUCUCUAAUGAACGGUUCGCAAAGCUUCAGUUUUAAUGUACAGACUCCUCCUGGGUCUGUAGAUUACUCAGAUCAUGAGCUCCACCACUGCUACCAAGACAAAAAGAGUACAUUCCAAACAGAAAUAAACACAAAUAUUUAUAAGUCUGUAACCAUACAGAUGUCUUCAAACUUGCUGCAAGAUCCAGGCGAAUGCACCAGUAGGCAACACUCAGUGUACAACACAAACAAUAAUAAAAGUGAAGUGCACGCUUUAUUUACAUGUGUGGCUGAUAAAAAGGAUGCAUUCACUCAGACUGAAAUAGGAUGGUUGAAUGAAUGCUAUACUAACAAUCACUGUUUUCAUCAACAAAGCCGCUUUUCCACAGAGUCACUCUCAUUAGAUACAGGUCUGUUGGGUCACCAUCAUUCUUCACAUCCUGCAUUUAAUAUUUCCUGCUGUCAUUGCUGCCACUGUCAUCACUGCUGCGUAUCAAGAUGUCCAUCAAUGUGUAGACACAAUGUACCCAACAGGCCUAGUUCUUCUUGCAUCAAUAUAGAAAAGGAACUAUCAGACACACUGAGCUUAUUAAGGGGAUCACUAAUCAGUAUAUCUCUGAGUAAAAAAGAUGAUAUGGAAAACAUGAAAAAAGCAUGUCAGACGUAUCGAGAGAGGAUUUUAGAAAUCGAGCAACACUUGCUAGAGCAACAGGCUGGCUGCUUUAAUAUCCUCACAAGUGAAGAAAGGGAAAACAUUAGAAGACUGCAUUUGAUACGUCGAGAUGUUCUUAAAGAAGCAACAGAAUUGGAAUUUAAUUUGGAUGAAAGAGCGCGCCAUGUCAAAGAAGCCAUUUCAGUGCAACUUGAACAGGUUUUGGAAGAACAGUCAAGGCUAUAUUCUGAACUUGAGUUUUGUGACUUGGACCCAGAAAGCAGUGGUGAAGGACACAGUAGAAAUCUCUACAAAAGCCAAAGUGCUCCUUCUACUUCAACAUUGAAUGUUCCUGAAGAAGAUCCCAAAAUCAAGGCUAAUAUAAUAGAAGCAGGCUUGCCAUCACAGAAAAUAGACUUCAGCACUAUUCUACAGAAUAUCAAGAAAACCUUCAGAAGCUUCAACAACUGAAUAUGAAAAAGAAAAUCACAUAUUAAAUAGGCUUA